AAAUGUAAAAUAUAAAUAACUUCUAUUGAAUUAGCACAGAAGUUUGGCUGGAGGUAAAUCUUUGGUGCCUAAAUCUGAGCGCUUUUCUCUCAAAUACGCACGAGAGCUCUUUGGCGGUCUUAUUUUUCCUCUUCUACACAACCGAACAAUUUAAAUGAAUUAUGGACCGUCACUCCUCAUCUCCCCCAGGAAAUGAAGCUUAGAGCCUCCUUGUUCAGCUAAUUGUUGCUUGAUUAAGCUGUCCCUUAUAGAUGGAUAGAUAAAGUGAUUGAUGCAUGUGCUUAUUAAUACCAUCCCCGUGCACGGAGGAAGAAUAAACCGCCAGCAGCUUCAUUUAAGCACCACAAAGGGGGUUUCCUAGAGUUUGUUGUAUGUGCAGAAAGGCUGUCAUCGUCUUUCCCUCUGUCCUGGAAAUUACUUACCUGCUUGGUAUUGUCUUUCUGGCCAAGUCGUUUUCUUCUGAGCUAAUUUCAGACUUCCACCACAGUUUAACAAUAGUACAAAGAAUUAUUUUUCUACACCUUUGGAGAGUAACUUGCCAAUACUGACAUCGCAUCACUCCUGAGUACUUGAAUGUGUCUUUGCUGUAACGAAGACAGUCUCCAUUGAGACCCCGGCACGACCAUCAGACUCAGGAAACCAGCACCGCUGCGGCACCAUGCCGGUGGAAAGGAUGCGCAUGCGCCCGUGGCUGGAGGAGCAGAUAAACUCCAACACGAUCCCAGGGCUCAAGUGGCUUAACAAGGAAAAGAAGAUUUUUCAGAUCCCCUGGAUGCAUGCGGCUAGACAUGGGUGGGAUGUGGAAAAAGACGCACCACUCUUUAGAAACUGGGCAAUCCAUACAGGAAAGCAUCAACCAGGAGUAGAUAAACCUGAUCCCAAAACAUGGAAGGCGAAUUUCAGAUGCGCCAUGAAUUCCUUGCCUGAUAUUGAAGAAGUCAAGGAUAAAAGCAUAAAGAAAGGAAACAACGCCUUCAGGGUCUACCGAAUGCUGCCCCUGUCGGAGCGGCCUUCUAAGAAAGGAAAGAAACCAAAGACAGAAAAAGAAGACAAAGUUAAGCACAUCAAGCAAGAACCAGUUGAGUCAUCUCUGGGGCUUAGUAAUGGAGUAAGUGAUCUUUCUCCUGAGUAUGCGGUCCUGACUUCAACUAUAAAAAAUGAAGUGGAUAGUACGGUGAACAUCAUAGUUGUAGGACAGUCCCAUCUGGAUAGCAACAUUGAGGAUCAAGAGAUUGUCACCAAUCCGCCAGACAUUUGCCAAGUUGUAGAGGUGACCACUGAGAGCGAUGAGCAGCCGGUCAGCAUGAGCGAGCUCUACCCUCUGCAGAUCUCCCCUGUGUCUUCCUAUGCAGAUGCUUUCAGGAAAACUGAGACCAGAAAGGUUAAGAGAAUUACUCCUGUGCCUGUUGGUUCUGUGCAAACACCUUCAGCUUAUUCGGCUUGUUUGGAGUUGCUAGAGAGGCGACUCCAGACUUCUUUAUUCCAUUGUAUUCGAAAAAGCGAAACGACUGAUAGUGUGCCCAGCGAUGAAGAGAGUGCUGAGGGGCGGCCACACUGGCGGAAGAGGAAUAUUGAAGGCAAACAGUACCUCAGCAACAUGGGGACUCGGGGCUCCUACCUGCUGCCUGGCAUGGCGUCCUUCGUCACUUCCAACAAACCGGACCUCCAGGUCACCAUCAAAGAGGAGAGCAAUCCGGUGCCUUACAACAGCUCCUGGCCCCCGUUUCAAGACCUCCCCCUUUCUUCCUCCAUGACCCCAGCACCCAGCAGCAGUCGGCCAGACCGGGAGACCCGGGCCAGCGUCAUCAAGAAAACAUCGGAUAUCACCCAGGCCCGCGUCAAGAGCUGUUAAGCCUCUGACUCUCCCCGGUGGUUGUUGGGGCUUCUUGGCUUUGUUUUGUUGUUUGUUUGUAUUUUAUUUUUUUCUCUCUGACACCUGUUUUAGACAAAUCUAAGGGAAAAAGCCUUGACAAUAGAACAUUGAUUGCUGUGUCCAACUCCAGUACUGGAGCUUCUCUUUAACUCAGGACUCCAGCCCAUUGGUAGACGUGUGUUUCUAGAGCCUGCUGGAUCUCCCAGGGCUACUCGCUCAAGUUCAAGGACCAACAAGGGCAGUGGAGGUGCUGCAUUGCCUGCGGUCAAGGCCAGCAAGGUGGAGUGGAUGCCUCAGAACGGACGAGAUAAUGUGAACUAGCUGGAAUUUUUUAUUCUUGUGAAUAUGUACAUAGGCAGCACUAGUGACAUUGCAGUCUGCUUCUGCACCUUAUCUUAAAGCACUUACAGAUAGGCCUUCUUGUGAUCUUGCUCUAUCUCACAGCACACUCAGCACCACCCUCUCUGCCCAUUCCCCAGCCUCUCUUCCUAUCCCAUCCCGUCCCAUCCCAUCCCACCCCAUCCCACUCUUUUCCUACUUUUCCUUCCCUCAAAGCUUCCAUUCCACAUCCGGAGGAGAAGAAGGAAAUGAAUUUCUCUACAGAUGUCCCAUUUUAAGACUGCUUUAAAAAAAAAAAAAAAUCCUUCUAAUCUGCUAUGCUUGAAUGCCACGCGGUACAAAGGAAAAAGUAUCAUGGAAAUAUUAUGCAAAUUCCCAGAUUUGAAGACAAAAAUACUCUAAUUCUAACCAGAGCAAGCUUUUUUAUUUUUUAUACAGGGGAAUAUUUUAUUCAAGGUAAAAUUCUAAAUAAAAUAUAAUUGUUUUUUAUCUUUUCUACAGCAAAUUUAUAAUUUUAAGAUUCCUUUUCUUGUUUAUCAGCAGUUGUUAUUACAUCCUUGUGGCACAUUUUUUUUUUUAAUUUUGUAAAGGUGAAAAAAGCUUUUAUGAGCUCAUGUAGCAAUCAGAUUAUCCUGUGGAUUGAUAAUAAAUGAAUAUGAUAUAUAGUUAAA